ACGCGCACGCGCGCAGGGAUCUGGCCCGGGCCGAGCGCGCGGCCCGGCGAUUGCGGGUGACUAGUAUGCAGAUACCCAUUCUCUGACUUGCUGGCCCUCUACUGACAUGGCCCACCGGGGUGGGGAGAGGGACUUCCAGACUUCAGCGCGGCGCAUGGGCACCUCGCUGCUCUUCCAGCUUUCAGUGCAUGAGCGGGAGCUGGACCUGGUUUUUCUGGAUCAUAGCUAUGCCAAGCCAUGGAGUGCCCACCCAGAUGCCAGUAGUGCUCGCCCCACCCGCAUGCUCUUUGUGACUCCCCGGAGGCAACACGAAAGUAACAUUGAAUCAGACGUCCCAAUAGAUGUGGAGACAGUCACAUCAACCCCUGUGCCGCUCUACGACAAUCAGAAGGCACGCAGUGUGAUGAACGAGUGUGAACGGCAUGUCAUCUUCGCCAGGACCGAUGCAGAUGCUCCUCCUCCACCAGAGGACUGGGAGGAACAUGUCAACAGGACUGGUUGGACAAUGGCCCAGAACAAGCUCUUUAACAAGAUCCUCAAAGCCCUGCAGUCUGACCGGCUUGCCCGCUUGGCCAAUGAAGGGGCUUGCAAUGAGCCAGUACUACGCCGUGUUGCUGUGGACAAGUGUGCGAGGAGAGUGCGGCAGGCUCUCGCAAGCGUGAGCUGGGACACCAAGCUGAUCCAGUGGCUGCAUACCACCCUGGUGGAGACCUUGAGUCUGCCCAUGCUGGCUGCCUACCUGGAUGCUUUGCAGACACUGAAAGGGAAGAUCCCUACUUUGAUUGACCGGAUGCUUGUGUCAUCUAACACGAAGACUGGGGCUGCAGGAGCUGAGGCCUUGUCCCUCCUGUUGAAGAGGCCCUGGGAUCCUGCUGUGGGGGUGCUUUCUCAUAACAAACCAAGCAAACUCCCUGGCUCUCCUCUCAUUCUCAUUGCGUCCUCUGGGCCUUCCAGCUCCGUGUUCCCCACCUCACGCCGCCACCGCUUCUGGCAAUCUCAGCUAUCCUGCUUAGGCAAGGUCAUCCCCGUAGCCACCCAUCUGCUGAACAAUGGUAGUGGAGUAGGAGUUCUGCAGUGUCUUGAGCAUAUGAUUGGGGCAGUGAGAAGCAAAGUGCUGGAGAUUCACAGCCAUUUCCCCCACAAACCCAUUAUCUUGAUUGGCUGGAAUACAGGAGCAUUGGUGGCCUGUCACGUGUCAGUGAUGGAGUACGUCACUGCAGUUGUCUGCCUUGGGUUUCCUUUACUUACUGUGGAUGGUCCCAGAGGGGAUGUGGAUGAUCCCCUCUUGGAUAUGAAGACUCCAGUCCUCUUUGUCAUUGGGCAGAAUUCCUUGCAGUGUCAUCCUGAAGCCAUGGAGGAUUUCCGGGAGAAGAUUCGAGCUGAGAACAGCUUGGUGGUAGUUGGGGGAGCUGACGAUAAUCUCAGAAUAAGCAAAACAAAGAAGAAAUCAGAGGGACUGACUCAGAGCAUGGUGGACAGAUGUAUUCAGGAUGAGAUCGUGGACUUUCUGACUGGAGUGCUCACUCGCACCGAAGGGCACAUGGGCUCCGAGCCUCGGGAUCAGGAUGCUGAGAAGAAGAAGAAGCCUCGGGAUGCAGCCCGCAGAGACCUGGCCUUUGAGGUUCCUGAGCGGGGCAGUCGGCCUGCCUCACCAGCUGCCAAGCUUCCUGCCUCACCCUCAGGCUCAGAGGAUCUUUCCAGUGUGUCCAGCAGCCCCACUUCCAGUCCCAAGACCAAAGUGACCACAGUGACCUCUGCCCAGAAGUCCAGUCAAAUCGGGAGCUCUCAGCUCCUGAAGAGACAUGUGCAGCGGACAGAAGCUGUGCUGACCCACAAACAAGCCCAAGCACAGUUUGCUGCUUUUCUGAAACAAAAUAUGCUGGUGAGGAAAGCUCUUCCUCCUGGCACCUCCUCCUGUCUUUUUGUUCCCAUUUCAUCAGAACAAACGGAGGAGGCAGAGAAAGAGGAUCUUAGGGUCCAGCUGAAGCGCCACCAUCCUUCCAGUCCUCUUCCUGGCAGCAAGACCUCCAAGCGACCGAAGAUUAAGGUGUCCCUUAUCUCCCAAGGGGACACAGCUGGAGGGCCUUGUACUCCUUCCCAAGGAGGAGCUCCAGAAGUUGCGGGAGGGAAGCCCAUCACCAUGACGCUGGGGCAGACUUCAGCAGGGCCCAAGGAGCUCACAGGGCUUCUCACCACUACCAAGUCAAAUGCUUCUGAAGGGGGAGUCUCAGCCAGCCCAGCCUCCUCAGUCUCCAGCAGCACUGCACCCAGUGCCUUGCAUACACUCCAGAGCCGCCUAGUGGCCACCUCUGCUGGCAGCUCCCUCCCAGGGGCUACAUCAGCCAGCAGCCUCCUUCAAGGUCUCAGCUUCAGCUUGCAGGAUAUCAGCAGCAAGACCUCUGGCCUCCCAGCAAAUCCCUCCCCAGGGCCAGCCCCACAGGCCACCAGUGUGAAGUUGCCCACCCCCAUGCAGAGCCUGGGUGCCAUCACCACGGGCACCAGCACCAUUGUACGUACCAUUCCUGUGGCCACCACUCUCUCCUCCUUGGGUGCCACUCCUGGUGGGAAGCCCACAGCCAUCCACCAGCUGCUGACCAAUGGGGGCCUCGCUAAGUUGGCAAGCAGCCUCCCUGGCCUGGCUCAGAUCUCUAACCAAGCAUCAGGCUUGAAGGUCCCUACCACCAUUACUCUGACACUGCGUGGCCAGCCCAGCCGAAUCACUACACUGAGCCCCAUGGGCUCAGGAGCAGCCCCGUCAGAUGAGCCCAACUCCCAGGCGCUGCCCUCCAGCUCACAGAUGAGGAAGAGGAGAUUUAGCAUUCAUCACUUGCCCUAAAAAGUGAGCGCCUACCUCCAGCACCCUGAAGAUGCCGUGUGAUAUACCUUCCUUCACCAAGCUGGUGAUGGCUGCUGCACAGUGAGCCCUGGGUGCACACAUGCUGUCCUGCUGAGCUAUCCACUUGUCUGAAGACUUCUUAAGACUGCCAUUUUUGCCUCCCUGCCAACUGUCUUCAGAAUGGGCCUCUGGGUCUUAUGAAACCAUUAGGCUAGGUGAUAUGGCGCCAGCAGAGGAAACAUCGUCCUCUGGCAUCUAUGGGUCUCAUUCCCGGAAUCCCCAGGUUCCUGAGCAGAUUUGGCCAUGCAUGGAUCAGAGGCACUUCUCCAGCAUUCGCUGUGACUUGACCCAAGUAGCAGUGUUGGACUGCUCACUGCAUUUAAUAAAGGAGUUCCUUUUGGAAGUCUGUGCUACCCCCAUGCCAAGUUGGGAGGAGACAGCCACAUGGUCUGGGGCCAUUCAGGAGUUAGGAUUGAGAGCCCUUUGCUGAGGACAGGGGUCAUCCUGGCCCACCAACACUUGUGCCGUACCAGAGGGCUGGUUUUGGACGUCACUGUUACUUUUACUGAGCAGCCAUGGGCGAGCACAUCUCUGUCUUACGAACCACAUCAGAUACUGAGUUAGCCUGCUGAGACUUGGGAACUCCUAAAUUCAAACCCAUGAUAGAUCAAAGAGGACUAGGCUGUCAUCUUUCAGUCCCUUUGGCCACUAUAGAUGGCGGGGGCGGCAGUUGGCCAGUAGGUGAAAGCUGGCCCCUUUCUUGUUUUCAUCAUGCUUCGGGCAGUUCCUGUGUGCAGAAAACCUGCAGGUCCAGAAAGACUGAAAAAGAGGAAUGGAACAAAUGAAGUGGCUUGAAGGAUAUGCCAGUAAGUCCUGUGGAGAAAAUGAUAGGGGCUUCAGGUUUUGCACCUAGUACCUAAGGAACUGUUGAUUCGACAUGGAGUUGAGAAGAAGGAUUUUCCAAGUCACAGGGAAGAAACCCCAACCCCUGAAAUUUCUAUCUCCAGUGCUUGGAAGUGAAAUAGGGAUAACUGGCUAAGUUAACAUCUUGGCCUGGCUUCCCAGGAAGCUUAAGCAUCAAGAUAAUGAAGGCAGUACUUUAGUGUUUCUGUUUCCAUUCUAUGCCACUUCUUGUCUUCUUGCUUAGUAGUGGGAAGGUUACUGGCAUUGACUCUACUGUGUGAGGCUCUUGGUACUAGCCUGAGUCCUGGAGAAUGAUCACUGAAGACGGGAGUUCUGAGCCCCUCCUUAUGUCCUCACAAUACUUGUAUGCCAAGGUAGUUUUAGAUUUGGCAUCAUACCUGUCCUCCAGAUCAGGCUCUCAACCUUCUGUACUCUAGAAAAUUUCUAGCCAAGGUGUCAAUAAAUAGAGCAACCCAGAUGUGACUCCGACUCUGUUCAGUAUCAGUAGGCAGGAGGGUGCACAGCAUGCCAUUGCCGUGGUCCAGCGUCCUGACCCAUGGUGCAGCAUAUAUCCAAACCAGGUCCCCUGUAUUUAGUCCAGCAGCCUCACCUGCCAGUCUGACUGGCAGCCAGGAGGGAGUACAGUGUGUAGGAGUCUGAGACAAAGCAAAAAGGAGUGCUGUGGGCAAGGAGGGGGCAUGUGUGAUAGGUGUGCAGAGAGCCUCUUGAACAACCAGGCCUCCCUCCCCGACCUCCUGCAGAGCUGGUCUCAGCAGUGAUUUGCAUAAUAUUAGGCUUCAUUCUUGGAUUAGUUGGUAGGUAACUGCUUUUGGAAAUUUAUUUAAGUAAGUUUGAGGAAGAUAUGAAAUCUCAAAGAGGCAUCCAUGGGUCAGGGGUUUGGUAACUUUAAAGGCAAGAUAACAUGCCAGUAGGAACCAAGGGCAGUAAGACUGUGUGAGACUACCGGAAACUUUUAGGAAUCAUUUAGGACAGGCAAAGGGUGCUGAACAAUCCAUUCAUGACUUAGAAGUACAGCCUAGACAAUGCUGGAGGGGUUGCUCCUGAAAGAUGCUUGCCCAGUGUGUGCUGGGACCAAAGGAAAAACUAACGUAUUGUCCUGCAUCUGUGUAAACCCUCGUAUGCUUCCCAUGGAUGACUUCCUGAGGCUUUGGUUGUACACCUUGAAGAAAAGCCAAACCUGGGAAGGGGAGUUGUAAGAACAUUUCACCUUGGAGUUACAGACUAAAGGGGGAGGUGGUUGAACUAAGGGAGUCAUGUUCUUCACACUUCUGCACCCACUCUUCUCGAAAUGUGAAAAGAAGCUUUCCUCCAUCUAUCACGUAUCAGACCUAGAGUCCUUAACCUCAGAAGGCAAUACUACUGGCUGAGAAUGUAGAAGGAUCAAGAAGGCUUUAGUUCAAUUCUUGACAUUCAACAUGACAGGUGCAUGUUGAUGCCUGAUGGAAGAUGUCCUUGUGCUUUAAGAAGAGGUCACUGAUGGAGAUCUUCUACCUGUUCUUGGCCCCACCACUAGAAUAAUCUUGGGCUGGGUGGGUUAUAGAAUUGAGGCACUGUCACGGUUCAUUCUUAUAUUAGUAAAAACAAAAAUAAAAGCAACUUUGGAUUUCUUCAA